AUGGCUGCUACAACUACCACAACUACUGCCGACUCCUCAUUCACGUUCCCUCGCGAAUACCACUUCCCCGCCUUCUUCACCCGCCAAACAAACCUCACCACACUCCACGCCCAGCGCAACAAAUGGGCAGACCUCAUCCUCGCCUACGCCCGACAUAACCGCAUAUUCCGUCUCUCCCUCUCCGAAGCUGCCGACUCGGAUCUGUUUGUCAAUCGCAAACUUGAUCGUCGAUUGCAAUCCGACGAUAUUCGAGAUGUGGUCUCCUUUAUGCACACCGAUGGCCGUGUAGAGUAUGUUGGAGGUGGUACAUCGGGCGAUGUCGUCUUCCUGUACUGGAGAAAACCAGAGGAAUGGGCCGAGCUUGUAGAGAACUACGUUGAAGAGUCAGGUCAAAAGGGCAGUGUCCUGACAGUCUAUGAGCUUGUCGAAGGAGACGGCACAAAAGGGAAUGAUAUUCACGGCAUGGACACGGACGUCUUACUCAAAGCUCUCAAUGUCCUCGUCAAACGAAACAAGGCGCAAAUAUUUGGCCAGGACGACUCAUUAGGCGUGAAAUUCUUCUAA